AUGUACCCAAUGGCUCAUUUUUUUCAUUGUGCAAGCCAUCGUUUAAAUUUGGUUAUAAAUGAUUUAAACACUGUGACAGAAGUUAGAAACUGUAUUGGAAAAAUCAAAGAAACAAUCACAUUUUUUAGAGAUAGUGCUCUCCGCAAAAAUAUCAUUGGAGGUAGUGUUUUAACUAAAUUAUGUAAAAUACGAAUUGUGGAAAAACAUAAAAGUGUCAGACAAUUUAAUGAACGGUUUGUAACAAUUGUAGAAAGCUUAGAAGAAAUAUUUAAAUCAAAUAAUUUCAAUAAAAAAUUUGAAAUUAUUUCAACAGUACUACAAGGCAUUGAUGUUGAUUUGCAACAAGCUACUAGACAUGUUCAAGACCUCUUAUCUAUGUUACAAAAAGAUCGUGGUGAUUGUGAGACUCAAUUUAGUUCAAUAUUUGAAAAAGCAGUAGAAAUUGCAUCCAAAAUAAAUCUGGAAUUGACUUUACCUCCACGAAACGCCCGACAGACACACCGUGAAAAUUAUCCGACUAAUAAUAGAUUUUCUGAUGAAAAACUGAAAAUAUUUGCAUUAUUUGACUUACAUCCCAAAAAAAUUAAGUAUAUGAAUCGACAAACAUUCAUGAAGACACUUAAAGUUAUCUGUCAAGUUUAUGGAUCAAUUCUAGAAAAUUUUGAAGAACAAGCCUUAUCGUGGUAUGAAUUAUGGCAAGAUAAACCACUCGAAAAUGACAUGAAACUGAUUGAUAUUCUUGAUUACGAAACAUUUUACCCAGUUGUAUGUAUAGCAAUACGAAUUUCCAUAACUUUACCUGCAACUUCAUGUUCAGUGGAAAGAUCUUUUAGCACUUUACGUCGUUUAAAAACAUGGUUGAGAAACAAAAUUGGAAAUGAAAGGUUAAGUAGUUUAGGUCUGAUUAAUAUUCAUCGACAAAGAUAUGAGAAUAAGGAGUUUUUUGACCAGCAACUAGAAGCUAUUAUUCAAAAGUUUGGAUUGAGUUCUCGGCGAUUGGAAUUGCUUUUCAAUGAUUAA